GGGCCGGCCAGCAGGUCACGUGACGGGUCGGCGGCGCCGGCGGUUGCUGUCACCUGAUUCCGGGAGCCGGUGGCAGCGGUAGCCGCGGCAAUGGACUUUCUCCUGGGAAACCCGUUCAGCUCUCCGGUGGGACAGCGCAUCGAGAAAGCUACAGAUGGCUCCUUACAGAGCGAGGACUGGGCCCUCAACAUGGAGAUCUGUGACAUCAUCAAUGAGACUGAGGAAGGUCCCAAAGAUGCCUUCCGAGCAGUAAAGAAGCGAAUCGUAGGAAAUAAGAAUUUCCAUGAGGUCAUGCUGGCCCUCACGGUCUUGGAAACGUGUGUUAAGAACUGUGGGCACCGCUUCCAUGUACUGGUGGCUACCCAGGACUUCGUCGAGAGUGUGUUGGUGAGGACCAUCUUGCCGAAGAACAAUCCACCUACUAUCGUGCAUGACAAGGUGUUGAACCUCAUCCAGUCCUGGGCUGACGCGUUCCGCAGCUCGCCUGAUUUGACAGGUGUUGUUGCUGUCUACGAGGACCUGCGAAGGAAGGGCCUGGAGUUCCCCAUGACUGACCUGGACAUGCUAUCACCCAUCCACACACCCCAGAGGACUGUGUUCAGCUCAGAGACAGCAUCUGGACAGAACUCUGUGGGCUCUGACACCAGUCAGCAAGGAGACCUGAGCCAGCAUGCCACCCCUCUGCCCACUCCAGCUGUCCUUCCAGGUGACUCACCCAUCACACCAACUCCUGAGCAGAUUGGAAAGCUGCACAGUGAGCUGGAGAUGGUGAGUGGCAAUGUGCGAGUGAUGUCAGAGAUGCUGACAGAGCUGGUGCCCACCCAGAUAGAGCCUGCAGACCUGGAACUACUACAGGAACUCAACCGCACCUGCCGUGCCAUGCAGCAGCGGGUCCUGGAGCUCAUCCCACGCAUUUCCAAUGAGCAACUGACUGAGGAGCUGCUCAUGGUCAAUGACAACCUCAACAAUGUGUUUCUGCGCCAUGAACGGUUUGAACGGUUCCGAACAGGCCAGACUGGCAAGGUCUCCAGUGAAGCUGAGCCAGCUGCUGACUUGAUUGAUAUGGGUCCUGACUCCGCAGCUACCAACAACCUCUCAUCCCAACUGGCAGGAAUGAACCUUGGCUCCAGCAGUGUGAGAGCUGGCCUACAGUCUCUGGAGACCUCAGGUCACCUGGAAGAUGACUUUGACAUGUUUGCUCUGACUCGGGGCAGCUCACUGGCUGACCAACGAAAAAGGGUCAAAUAUGAAGCUCCCCAAACCACAGAUGGCCUGGCUGGGGCCCUGGAUGCCCGGCAGCAGAACACUGGAGCGAUCCCCGCCACCCAGGCCCGCAUCAUGGAGGACAUUGAGCAGUGGCUGUCUACAGAUGUGGGGAGCAGUGCUGAGGAGCCUUCUGGUGUCACCAGUGAAGAAUUUGACAAAUUCCUGGAAGAACGGGCCAAAGCUGCCGAUCGACUGCCCAACCUGGCCAGCCCUUCAGCUGAGGGAUCCCUGGGACCUUCUCCUGGCACAGCUCCUCGGAGGAAGACCCAGGAGAAAGAUGAUGAUAUGCUGUUUGCCUUAUGAAUGCAGGGUCUGGCACCCUGCAGCCAAGGGCCUGGCACUGUCAUACCCACUGGGAUCCCUCCCUCCCUUGGUGUUAAGGCUGCUUGGGGGUGUUUUGUUACCCCACUUCUCUUGGAGCCUGGGCGGCAAGUAGGAUGAACUGGGGAAAUGGGUCAGCCCUCCUUCUCCGUCCUGCUACCAUUAUGACUUUGCUGAGAUCUUAGGCCCCAGACAAGCUGACCUGAUGUGACCUGA